AUGGACACCAAGCGCUGCUUCGCCAACCGCUUCGAUGACUACCAAGGCAGCCUGCUGGCUGGCCAGUGCGAGGAGGCAGUGGCGCCCCUGGUCACCGCCACCAUCGAGCGCAUCCUCAAAGAACUGCCCCCGCUUGGGGGCGGCGCUGAGGCCAGGGGGGCGACGGCUGGGGCCAGCAGCUGCCAAGGAGGGCUGUACAGUGGCGUGGCGGGGGUGGCCUACAUGCUCUACCAUGUCUCUCAGAGCCCGCUCUUCGCCGCAGCCCGGGAGCGCUACCUGCGCUCAGCCAAGCGCCUCAUAGACGCGUGCGCCCGCGCUGAGGAGUGGGGCGAGCCGGACGCUGACACCCGCGCUGCCUUCCUGCUCGGGGGCGCGGGCGUGUACGCGGUCGCCACACUGGUGUACCACGCUCUGGGACGGUCCGACUACGUGCAGCCGUUGGGCAAGUUCCGGGCUCUGUGCGCCGUCUGCGCGCCGGUCUCCUUCCUGGAGUGCGGCUCUGACGAGCUGUUUGUGGGCCGCGCGGGCUAUCUGUGUGCUGCGCUAGUGCUCAAGCAGAAGCUCGCCCAGGAGGUGCUGACUCCAGUACAGAUCAAGUCAAUUUGCCAGGCGAUCCUGGAAUCUGGGAAACAGUAUGCCACGAAGAAAAGAAAACCAUUCCCCCUGAUGUACUCUUAUUAUGGAACUGAAUACUUGGGGGCAGCUCAUGGCCUGUCAUCCAUUCUCCAGAUGCUUCUUUCUUACCAUGAGCACCUCAAGCCUGCAGAUCGUGAACUGGUGUGGCAGAGUGUGGACUUCCUCAUGGAGCAGGAACAGAAUUGCAAUUGGCCACCUGAGCUUGGGGAGACCAUCGAGAGAGAGAAUGAAUUGGUCCACUGGUGUCAUGGUGCUCCAGGAAUUGCCUAUCUGUUUGCCAAAGCUUAUCUGGUUUCCAAGAAACCACAGUACCUGGAUACAUGUAUCCGGUGUGGGGAGCUCACAUGGCAGAAGGGCCUGCUAAAGAAAGGGCCAGGAAUUUGCCACGGUGUAGCUGGCAGUGCCUAUGUAUUCCUGCUGCUAUAUCGACUUACUGGAAACUCAAAAUAUAUUUACCGUGCCCAAAGGUUUGCUCAGUUCUUAUUUACUGAAGAAUUCAAGGCUGGUUCUCGAGUUCUUGAAAGUAUAUACAGCUUGUAUGAAGGCUUUUCUGGGACAGUGUGCUUUCUGAUCGAUCUGCUACAGCCCAGUCAGGCUGAAUUCCCUCUCUUCAGUGUCUUUGUUUAGAAGGUUCCAUCUCCUUUUGUGGCCCGGAAGAAGUCUUCUGAGGUUUCUUGAGCCUCUAGCAAGGCACUUUCCACACAAGCCACAUUCAAUGGUAUCACAACCAUGAGCCUUAACAUGGCCACCAGAAGAAUGAGAGAAGGCAAGUUACGGGAGCACAAUACCAAACUGGAGAGGAAAUCUGUGAAAUGUAGAUUAUAACAACUCACCUGAAAAUGUUAGAGAUUUACUAUUUCAGGGAAUAGAUGUAAAACUAGACAUCAGAGGAAAAAGAGAAAGAAAUGGUCUAUUUUUCAGGGAGUGAUAUAGUAAACAAAUUUGAAAUGGUGGCUAUGGCAAUAAAAUGUUAACACUCUCACAAUUGAAAACAAAAUUCAACUAUUUGUGGAUGCCCUCCACUCCUAAAUUCAGAAAUAAUGACAAUCAAAAACUAACAUAAUUUUUAUCCCCACAAAAACUGCUAGCAGGGAUGAGGUAUAAGAAUGAAGGACAUAAAAAGAAAUCUUUGGUUGUCCUUUGCCUUUACUUAUUGAAAUUCAUAAUUUUUACUGAAUAGUGAUAUUUGUGUAUGAAACUUUUAUCACUACCCUGGGCACUUUAAAAAAUAUAUUAUAACUUAAUUCAAAUAUGGAAAUGUUUUUCAUAUCCCUUAUCAUUUGUUUUCCUAGUUCAUUUUUCUUUCCUAAAGCUCAAUUAGAAUAGUAACAUUCUUAGCUGGGAAUGUAGCUCUAGCAUAGAGUAUACACUUAGGAUAUCUGAGGUCCCAGAUUCUAUCCUUAAUAUCAUGGGAGGAAUAAAAUUAAAAUUCAUAAGCUAAAAACACCAUAGAAAGUGUUACAAUCAAGUAUUUCUCAAUUUGAAGUGUGAACUGUGUAUUUUCUAGUGUUAGUAAAUUCUAAAGUGCUUCUAUGUUAAUAAUCCCUACAAAACUAUUAUUGCACUGUAAAAUAUGCUCUUGGUAAAAAUCACUCAUCUCAAGGAUCAGGGUAACCACGACAAAGGCAUAUUAUUUCUGCGUUUGAUGAAAUAUUAUGUCUCUUAGGACAGUCACUGGCUGAAAAAAUCACCAGAGAUUGUGGAAUUUUGCUUCGUUUUAUAAUCUUAGAGUUCUAGAUAAAUGAAUUUAUCGGUGAUCAACAGUUCUUCCAAGAUACAAGGUACACUACAAAUUGACCAUAAUAUCUACUGAGCCCAGUUAUCAAACUGAAUCUUCCUAAAAACACAUAGAAAUUGUAAAACUGCUUCAGGUGCUUCAUAGUGGAUCAUAGAACAUUGUAGGAGUGUCUGUCGGUUUAAUGCACACUGCAUGAGCUUACCCCUGUCAUAGAAUUUGAUCCCUGACAUUUUCAUAUAUCAUAUUAAGAAGGAAACUUUACUGUAUAAAACUUAAUUAUUUAAAGUCAUUUGAUAUUUGGAUGUUUAUGAAUGUGUAUAUAUAUGACAUAUAUAUGUACAUGUGCUACAUCUUAUCUUCUAAUCAUCUACUACUUAGUUCAGUAAUUCCUUAUCUAAGUCAUACGUAGACCUUUGGGCAAAAUUAGGGAAUGCUCUAUGGCCUAAACAUUUAUGUGCAUUUGGUAUGUGUAAAUACAUGCACUAAUGUGUUGGGUGUGUGUCCAUGCAUACUCCUGUUUGAUGGAAAAGAAUUUCUAGUAUUUGUAAGUUUCUUAAUCUGACCAAAGAAAGACAAGAACUAUAACCAUCUUUGUAUAUUUUAUGGUAUUUUGUAUGUUUACACACAUUAAGACAAAAUUAUUUUGAGAAGCAGGCAUAUUUUUGGCUUACUGUUCCAUUUCCAUAUCUUCAGAUAAAAGCAUGCAGAAUUAGCCUCCUUGUUAACUUGUGAAUAUAGUCAAUUUGGUGUAGCACUAUAUAAGUAGCAGCUUUCAGAUGACUCCCAAAAUUGGGUCCCAAAAUUGGGUCCUCCAGGAACAAUCAAUCUUGUCAUUUCCUCUUAAACUUUACUGCAAAGGCUAAUAAGUGGUCUCCUUUAGACAUGAUAAUGAGGCCUGCUUUUCACCAUAUCAUUUUAAAUUUAUUUCACUGCCCCUAUAGGUUAAAAAUAACAACUACCCAGUAUUAGGGCUUUAAUCUUUAAUAGUAAACUUGCUUUUCUCAUCCUCCAGCAACCCUUGAACAUGUGCAUUAUGAUUGCUCCGAAGUUUCAAAGCUAGGAAGCAUUAAGGCAAAUAUUUAAACCCAGGACUUCACUUUCCAAAUUUAUGUAUUUGAUAUCCUAAACUACCUGACCAAAAUAUCCUUCUAUCUUCCCUUUCUUUUUGCUUGUCUUUUCACCAUUCAUGUCUGAGACCUAAAAUCUAAAGCGGUAAGGAGUGAGACACUAGCUCAUCCUAUCAUUCUAGGAUCUUUAGAAAAAGUGGACUUCUUCUUUGUUUACUGAUACUUCUAAGAUCUAGUAGGGUAACUGUGACAUGUUGUCCUUACUGUUGUGGGAAGACACUUCUGGUUUGUCAAAUCCAAGAAAAGCUCUUGUUUGGAAACUGUCUUUCUGAAACAACAUCUCAGUCAAUUAGAACAAGGUUAAGCUCAUUAACACUUAAAUACUGUGGAAACUUUUUGUUUUCCUGAAGAAAUAGAAAUGUAGUUUUGGGGAGGUACUCUUCUAUCAUAUUUUCCAAGAAUAGGUCAGAAGGCUCUUAAAUUUUGCUAUAGAAAGGCGGCUUGCCACUUCUUGUUAAUCCACCUUGCUCCCUCUGUGUCAUACUGUAGUGCAACACCAUUACUGCAAUACUAAAGCAUGUUUCCUCUUAAAGACUACAGGAACAUUUUUACCACCACUAGUAUAAUUUUGAUAUUACUUAUCAUAUGUGGAACAAGCUGUGUAAGUCUUGAAGGCAAUUGUGGAAAUGUUUGUGGAUUCAUCAACAAAGUUACUCAACAAUAGUAAGAUUGCAUUAUACUUUGAUAAUAGGAGUUUUGUAAACUACCACAAUCCUGUGUGUUUUUUCAUGACACAAUUACAUUUCUUUUUUUCCACUCAUCCCCCAGAAUGUUAUAUUAUCUUUUUUAUCCAGUCUGAUUUUACUCAUCAGUUUUUACUUUUUUGUUGACUAUUCAAAACUGAGAAAAAUUUUGGUAGCACAUAUGGCCCUGUACUUCUUUAGAUAAUUGACAGUGUUUUUAAGAUGAUAAUGUUCAUAUAUUGAUAACUCAAAGAACAAAUAGAAUCAAAUAUGAUUUUGUUUUUUGCUAAAUCACAGCUCUUCCCUUGGCAACCUACUUCUUUAACUUUCUUUAACAUGCUAAGAUUAUAGUCAUUAGUAUGCAAAUUAUUUCAGUUUCUGUAGAGAAUAUGCCUCAAUAAUUUAAAAAAUGUAAGGUUGUAAUUUAUAAUAAUGUCAAUAAAAUUCACAGAACUGUGGGUGUAUUCAUUAGUGACAGAGUACUUGCCUAGCCUGUGUGAAGUCCUGGUUCCAUCUCCAGGAACAACAAUAAUAUAUAUAUAUAUAUAUAUAUAUAUAUAUAUAUAUAUAUAUAGUAAUGAUAAUAAAAUAAGGAAGGAAGGAAGAGAGGGAGGGAGGGAAAGCAAAUGAAACAUGCUAUAUUUUAAGUACAUAGAAAAUUAUGCUCAAUUAUGACUUCCAGUAAAUGUUUCAGCCAAACAGAAUCCAAGUCUGAAUAACUGGACAGGUUAAAAUCAAUGUACAUUUUUUAUGUUUUACCACUAGUCCUGACUAUAGCUUACACAGAGAUUAAUUUGUUUAGCCUGGGAGCUUCUUUUAAUACAAAUAUUUAUUCUACUUAUUGAAAACAAAGGAUUAUGAUGCCCAUAUAAGUGAAUUGAGAAAUUAAGUAAUUUAAUACUAAGUUUGAUCUGUAUUUUAAUUUAGGUAUCAGAGCUAUAUGACAUAUAGAAAUAAAAAUGUUCUGUCAGCUGUGUAUAAGUACUUCCUUUGGGGACCUGGUUUAUUUUUCAACACUUUUUCAAAUUAUAGCUAAAACCACUAAAGCAGUCUCAAAUUUGCUAAGGCUCUGUGAUCUUGAUAUAAACUUGGCAAGGAAAAUAAAUGAGAAAGCAAGCAAAGGAGUAGAUAGGUUAGAGAGUUUGUUAGCGCUCUGCAUCAUAAAGUGAAUUAAUGGUGCUAAGAAUAUGAACAAUCUUACCCAUUCAUUUUAUUGCUUCCUGGGACCUCUAAUCCUGAAACAUUCCCAGUGUCUUCUUUCUCUUUAAAUAGCUCAUUGAGAUGUAUUUUUUUCUCCCCUAUGUCUAGUUAAUCAUGUGACCUUCUUUCUCCUGGGAGGGCAGCUUUUCUCCUUAUCUCUCCUGUCCAUGUCUGUUCUUAACUAAGAGCUCCAAAUUCAAUAAGGCUGGACUCCUCUCCGGACAGAAGGGCUGAUCUUACAUUCAGCAGCAGCAGUAGUUGAGCCUAUUCUAUAGUCAGAUUACAAGUUCAGCACAGCCUACAAGUGCACCAACUUGUGAGAAUGUGAUGGUGUUAUCCUGCUUCCCCCUCUUAAAUAAACUUGGUCACUGCAUUUUAUUUUAUUAUUUUAAAAAAGUUGAUGCUCCAUUACAUGUCUUGGUCAUCAUAAAUCUCACAAUGGAAGUGUAGUCUCUCUCAGUUCUUUAUCUGAAAGUGUUAAUGCAUUGAGGCCUGAUGGAUGAUGCCUUUAGUGUAUAGAAGAAUAUUUGUUUGAAUUUUCUUAAAAUAUCAAACUUGGUAAUUUCUACCAGGACUUUCAAAAAUUGAAAAUUCUCUUACCUUCAGAAUUCUUACCAUGUUACUUUUCCAUUGUGUACCUGCUAUUUACCCUUCUGAACUGAAUUUAAACGUUUUUUAGAGUGGAAACCAAAUCAUUUAUACUUUUGUUCUGAGCUGGGAAGAGGGAAAAGCUGGUGAUUUAUAUGAAUUAAAACAGAAGAUUGUCCUCUCUUUCUUUGUACUUUUAUUUGAUACAUAUUUAUGUGGUAUAGUGCAAUAAUUCUGAACAUGUAUCCAAUAUGUAAUGAUUAAAUCAGAAUAGUGUAUCCAUUUCCUCAAACAUUUAUCAUUUCUAUGUGCUGAGAAACUUUGGUCUCUUCAAAACAGAAUGAAAAAUAUUAUGAAUUAUUUUGGACAACAGUGACAGCACUGUACUAUAACACUGGAAAUAAUUUCUCCUGUUUUUCCUCUCAAUUCUUUCCUUUCUCCUCCCUGAACAAUAAGAAGGAACAUAGAAAGGGGGAAACAUGCCCAAAAUUCAGUUCCUCCCUUGCCGGGUGUGAGUCUCUCUGUGUAAGCAUGAGAGGGAGAACAUCCUAUUUGCCCGAAGAUUAUUCAACGGAGCUGCUUGAUAUUACAGCUUUUACCCUACCAUAACACAUGGAUUACAGUCCUAAUCUCAUUUUCAAAAUUUGGCAUAAAAUCUCUGGCUCUAAUUAUUUUUGUACUGUUCUCCCUUAUUGAUAGUUUUUUUUAAAAAAGACAUUCUAGUUAUUGUAUUGUUUUAGUAACAUUUCCAUUUACAAAAUAUUGAAAUUCUUGAUUGCUAAAAAUUAAAUGAAUGAUUGCAGUGAGCCACAUUUCUUUUUCUAAGUGGGUAAUUACCCACUUCUUAAACAAUUGUUUUAAGAAGAGUGUCACAUGUGAAAUAAAAUCUAACCUUUAGCUAUGAAAAACAUCUGAGUGAACAGGUAUGUUUAAGCAUAAAUUGAUUAAUGAAUGAGUCUUAACUUUGUGCCAACUGCUCUCUAUUAAUUAACACAUAAUGAGGAUCCAAGUUGAACUUCAAGCUAUCUUGAACUUUCAUUUUUGUUAAAACUUCUGCCACAUAGUAGCUAUCUGUAGAAGAUACCAAGGGUUUCACAAAUACAGCAGCACUGUUUGAUGGAAAUAUGUGACCCAUAAACACAAACUACAUAUAUAAUUUAAAAAUUUUAUAAUAGCCACGCUAAGAAAGAAAAGAAUGAAAUUAAUAAUUUUGUAUUUGACUAAAGUUACUAUAUCCAGCAUAUUAAAAUAUUAUAGUUUUAAUGUUCCUUAAAUACAAAAUAUUAAUGCAAUAUUUUACUUGUUGUACUAAGCCUUCAAAUUCAAUAUGUAUUUGCAUUUACCACUCAUCUCAAGUUAGACUAGCUAUUUUUCAGGUGUACAAGGACUACACUAUGGAUUGAUGGCUGUAUUGACCUUACAGAACUAGUAUCACAUUCUUCUUAGUAAUGAUAAGAUCUCACUACUGCUUACAUUAUCUUUGUUGUUAUGAAAGAAAACAGAAACAAAACACUGCAUACUAUAUGAGUACUAGACUUCUUAUACAACUGCAGCAGAACAGUCAAAGUGAAAAAAGGAGAUUCUGAAAUUAAGUUAGGGAAAUUUCAUGCCUUUACUUUCUUUUGGAGCUUACAUGGUGAGUUAACAUUCCAAACGCUGAGCAAACUCUCCUGGAUAAAGAACCCCAGAUAAAGUUGACUUGUUGAACUCUGUGUAGUUCUAGAAAUUGCCAUAGGAGUCUCUACACAAAAAAAUGCUUUGUGUUUUCCUCUCCUCUUCUCUUUUUUGAGCACAUCUCUCCUUAUAUUUAUAUUGAGAAUCACCUGGGAACUAUGAUAUUAUUGCUCUUGUUCUAGAAUAUCAAUUUACUAAAUUGUAACCAGCAGAUGGCUUUAAAAUCUUACACAUAAAAGUAGACCUUUAGAAAGAACCGAAAUACAUACUUUUAGAAAUGGUCAACACACUCUAAAAAGAUAUGGAAACAUCUGAACCUGUAUAUGUGUAAACGUGGAUUCCAUAUGUGUACAAUACAAUUUUGCAAGUCUUCCUUUUCCUAUUUUAUGUGCUUUAGUGUACAUUCUCCUUGUGUAAGAAGUAGUUAUGACAUAGUUAUCAGUUUAGAGAGUAUACACUUGCCUAUUGUCAAUCUAUGACAAAUAAUCUUUUUACAACAUGGAUUUUAGUAGGGCCUCUGAUAUUGUUCCUUAAGUUUUGUUUUAAAAUCUGUGUUUUAGUGGAAAUUAUCAGUCAAAUAAAUUUUGCUUCUGAAUUUGGCUCAAGUUAACUGUGGUAGCUCACAUAUGUGGUUGUAUUCAGACAAGCAGAUUGAUUUAAGUGAUCAAUUUUGCUUCUGUUCUUUAGACUUAAGUGUUUAAAUAUUAGAAAUGUCUUCUGAAGACUGUAGCAACAAUAAGAAUCAGUUUGCUCUUGACAAUGCCAUCCAAUGUUUUUAUGUAGACUCUCCAGGAACAGGAGUAUAAUAUUGUAAAUGCAAAAGUUUGAUUUUAGAAUCUGAUAAGCAUAGGCUAUUCUCUUUUUUUGUUUUGUUUUGUUUUUUUCUAAAAAAGUAACAGCUCUCCCAACUUUGAAUAUCUAGGGGAUAUCUGUGUGGAAGACUGAAUUUUAAUAUAUUUUUAAGAUUUUUAAAUUUUUUUCAUUUCAUUUAAAGAAUUAAGACAAAAGAGGACAGAAUAAAGCAUAUCAGAACAGAACAAUGUUAGCAACACAGUAUUUCACCACAGGAAACCAGAUAUUAACAGUAGCUACCGUAAUGUCUGUUUCUUUGAAAUUAAUACUUGGUUUUGAUGGAACUAAAUUAACAAAAAUUUAAAGCUGGAUCUUGUAGAAUACAAUUAUUAGAGAAAAGAUUUUGCAAAGCCUUAUAUAACAUGGGGAUAGUUCAACAUUGUGCUGCAGUUUGGUAAUAUGCAUUUCCCAGUGAAUUGAAUCUGCUUCACCAAAACACUUUUUGCCUCUCACAAUUUGCAAUUGUAUAGAAAUACAAUUGUGUCCUUGGAGGAAAACGUUCAUCUUCCUCAUGCUACAUUCAUGAGCAGCAAAAUAAGUAAUCCUUACUUAACUGAGGGAGAUUACAAAGGAAUAAUCUGUCCAUAUACUUUAACCGCUUAUUCCUAAUUGUACUCCAAAGUACCAUUACUUAAAGUACUAUCGAAUUUUUAAGAACUACUCAGUGAAUUACUGUUAUUAAUAAAAUUGUACUCUUUGAAAUACCUUUGUCUCAGCAUAAAUGCAGAGUUAAAAUGUAAAAUUACUAAAAAUAUAGAAAAUACUAGAAAUUAGUUAUUACUACUUUAAAAUCCUAUUAAUUUUUAUAAAAAUCAAAUCCAGCACAAGUUAUAUGUUGUAUAUAACAAAAGUUUUGAAUCACUUGCAUAGAAAAUGAAAAACAAGUUAGUUGAUCAGUUGCUAAUUGGUAUAUUUCCUUAGGGGUACUCUGAGGUACUUUUAAAGAUAUAUCAGCAGCAAUUAGUUUUGCAUUAAGAACAGAGCAUUUUGCAGGGUGUUUCACUACAUCACAAAAUGUCAUAGAACCAUAUUUUAUAAUAAAAUCAAAUUCUCAAUUCUAGCAUUUUACUUAUUAUACAAAAACAUCAUUCUUUAUAAGUUUAUUUAUUGUGUACAUAAUAUUAAAAGUAAUGAGUAUUUCAGUCUCAGUGAGAGAACAAAAUGCAAGAUAUUGAUCUUCAGUGAAAUUGCAUUUAGAUGUUUGAUAGUGAAACUAGCAACCCUAAACUGUAAUGUGUACGUUAUUCUCAAAAUUAAAAUAAUACAUAAAGACUUUAACACAGAGGUUAACUAGUCCACAGACCAACCAGAAGGUUUAAUUUACAAAUGUCCAAAUGUUAUUGGUGUGUCUGCUGAUGUUACUUCUGCUCACAAUCUACUGUAUGGUAUAUUUAAAUAUCUCUAAAAGUAAGAUUGAGUCAGAAGCUUAAGAUUAUGUACUUUCCUGUUUUAAAAACUGUUGUUAUAAUGUUCUAAACACUGAAAUCUUUUCAAUGUGUUUUCUGUAUUAGUUUUGUACUGUAGAAAAUAAUUUGCCAUCAACCGUGCUGCAUAUUGUUUAAAGUGAAGUUAUUUACUAGCUUAUUGCCUCCCUGCCUCACAACACACGGUUCACUUAAUGUAAAACCUGUGAUAAUGCUUUGCUUUAAAAUAAAAUCUAGUGCUAAAUAUUUACUGUGUUCCAAUUAAUGAUUUAUGCUAAUUAAUUUUCCUUUUAAAGCUAACCAGUAUCAAAUAAAAUCUUACAUAAAUAUCCUA